UCGCAUCGGAGGAAGCAGCAGCAAGAAGGGCGCUCACCUCUGUGACACUUGCGCGCUUCUUCGAGCGCACCUCGCGAGGCUCUUCGGUAUCGCUCUCUUGCAGGAGCGAACGGCCCUGGCGUCUCACCGGCGACUCCUUCGCGGGCGCCUCUUCGAUGACAGUAGACAUGCCCGCGACGCCCGAAUCGCGGCCGCGGAGCUUGGCAGGUGCCGGAACGACCGUCUUUCGCACGUGCAACGGAGCCUGCAGCGGAUGCGGUGCAUCGCGCGACGACUCGCGGGCUGGAAGCGAGGCCUGCUGCAUCGCUGCAGGCGCUUCGACUCGGCGCACGUCUGCUUCGUCGUUGCCAAGAGCGCGUCCCAGCGCAGACGCCACUGCAGCGUGGUACGAGUCGGGGAAACUGCUGCCGAUCACCGACACGGUCGUGCGCUCCAGCGACAUCGUGAUGCUCUCCUGUCUCGCCAGCGACUGCUGCGGAGGGCUGGGCUGGCGCACGGGCUCGACGGCGGGCGGAGCGUACGGCGGAGGCUUGACGGGACCGGCAUCGACCGCGCGACUCGGCACUUCGGGCGGCGCCAUCUCGACAUCGCGAGUGGCCCUCGUGCCGCGCAUGGGCGGCUCUGGCACCUCGUCCAUAUCCUGCUGGUGCACGGGCUGGGCAGGCUCGGGAGCUGGUGCGGCGUGUCUUGACACGGCCUUCUCGACGAGGGAGCGCGUGUCUGCCUGCGAAACCUCAGCUUCUGCCUGCUGCUCCGGCGUGCUCGCUGUACGUUCGUUCGCAGCGCCGCCGACAGAAACUGCCCGACUCGUCGGGCUUGUCCUCGCCUGCGAGCGCGAUUGCGAGCGACGCUGUGCCCUCGCCUCCGACGGCGACACCGGCACGUCCGAUGCGGCGGGCAGCUGCAGCAAGCGACCGUCAUCGUCGUCUCGCUGCAUCUGGUCCGACUCGUCGACUUGAUCCAUGUUGAUGUACUGGUCCAAGAGCGCAAGGCCGGACUGCGAGCGCGCGGCGGCGGACGUGGCGCUAAUGCCGUCGGGAAUGAUGUCGGGCGGGCCGUAGUCGCUCGACGGGCCGUCGAGCACCGGCUCCUCGACGGCCUCGACGGCCUCAGGGCGCACAGGCUCUUUGACGGGCUGCUUUGCAAGAGCUUCGAGCGCCUCGCGGUCCCGAGCGCGCUUGGCCGAGGCGGCGGCAUUCGGCUUGCUCAUCCAGGAUGCUCGGCUCGCCUUCUCGGAUCCCGAGCUGGAGCGACCGGCGAGCUUGCGCGGU